CCGGGUCCUGUGACCGGUCAGGUGGCGUCAGCCGGCGCAGUAGAGGGCGGGCCUCGGGGAAGUUUCCGCGGCCGCCGGGACAGGGACGGGUUCAGGCGGCCCGAGGGCGCAGCAGGGAGCGCGCAGCUGGGAUAGGGCCGGCGCAGGCCCGAGGGCGACCCGGAGCGCCGCGCUCAUGGCGGGCGGGGGGGUCGGGGACCCGGGCCGGAGGGUGGCCGCCGAGCCGGGACCCGAGACCCGCGAGCACCUCUUCAAGGUCCUGGUCAUCGGAGAGCUCGGCGUGGGCAAGACCAGCAUCAUCAAGCGCUAUGUCCAUCAGCUCUUCUCCCAGCACUACCGCGCCACCAUCGGCGUGGACUUCGCCCUCAAGGUCCUCAACUGGGACAGCAGGACGCUGGUGCGCCUGCAGCUGUGGGACAUCGCGGCUAACAAGUGUGACCAGAAAAGGGAUGGUGGCCAGAAUCCUCCCCAGAUGGACCAAUUCUGUAAAGAACAUGGCUUCACUGGAUGGUUUGAAACCUCUGCAAAGGAUAACAUAAACAUAGACGAAGCUGCGCGGUUCCUAGUGGAGAAUAUCCUUGCAAACCAUCAGAACUUUCCUAAUGAAGAAAACGAUGUGGGCAAAAUUAAACUGCACCAGGAGACCUUGAGAGCAGAGAGCAAAUCCCAGUGUUGCUGACGUGGCUGAGGCUCUGUGCUGCCUCAGGUCUGAGCGAGUUCUGGAGAACAGUUAGGGAUGGCACGCUGGUGGUGCAUCUUCCCCUGCUGGCGCUUCAGCAAGGCAGCCUCAACAGGUGCCUAGGCCUAUUUGAAGAUGGAGCGUUUGGAGAAGUAUUACAGUUAGUGGCUCAGCAACUUAACGGAUGACACAAGAUUUUGCUGUUGCCAGCAUGUGGAGGAUAAUGUUUACAUCCUUUUUAAUGUCUUUUUAAAUGAUUUGUAAGACUUUCAAAUUGUAGCUUAUAGUAUAAACACUGGGAUGGUAAUAAAACUUUACCUGCUGUCUUC